GCGGCCCGGGGGAGGAACUGCGCCGGGAGCGGGGCGGGUUCUCGGCGCGGCGGCGGGCCGCGGCCAUGGCGUUCGUGCUCACGCUGCGCGUCCUGCUGGGCGGCUUUUUCGCGCUCACCGGGGCGGCCAAGCUCUGCCAGCUCUCGGCUCCGGAGUCCGAGCAGAUGAAAGCCCUGUUCCUGCAGUUUGCUGAAGUGUUUCCCUUGAAGGUGUUCGGCUACCAGCCUGAUCCCAUGAACUACCAAACAACUGUGGGCUGGCUGGAGCUGCUGGCUGGGUUGCUGCUGGUUGUGGGCCCACCGAUGCUACAAGAGAUCAGUAACUUGUUCUUGACCCUGCUCAUGAUGGGAGCUAUCUUCACUUUGGCAUCUCUGAAAGAGUCCCUGAGCACCUGCAUUCCAGCCAUCAUCUGCCUGGGGCUUCUGAGGCUGCUGGAUAUUUGCCAGGCCUUAGGCCAAACUAAAAAGGUGGACAGAUAUCGUAGGAAGAAGACUCCAAGUAUGUUGAAGAAACCCUGGGAGCAGAGAGUCUCUUCGUGCCGGCUGUAACAGCAGGAAUAUGCUGGAACAUACAGAGCCUACCACCUUAUUCCAAUUUGUGCCUGGUUGGCCAGUGUUGAAAGAACCAUCUGGUCUACCUGGCCCUGAUUUCUGUCUGUAACUAUGCUGCUCUGUUUUGGGGUACAUAUUACACAUUAUUACCCUCAUAUCAUGUGAAAAUAGAAAAUAAGUAAAAAAAAUCUGAACCAUCCAAAAUUCAAGUGUCCCAAAAUAAUCACUUUUCAUGCCUUGGUGUUACUCUUAACCUUUCCUAUGCUUUUGUACAGAUACAUAUUUUUAAAUGAAAAUGAGACAGUAUAUUCUACUUUAUUAUCUACUUUUUAAGCCACUGUGUUUUACCUCAUUAAUGUUAAUGGCUAUAUAGUGUUCCAUUAUAUAUAUUGUAUUUGUCUCCUAUAAAGGACAUUUGGGUUGUCAAUUUUCUGUAAUUGUAAACCUCACAACAAAUCACUUUGCAUACUUACCAUAUUUGCAUUCCCUAGAAAUGAAGAUGCUGGUUCAAAAGGCAUGCACAUUUUUAAGGUUAUUAAUACAUAUUCAAAAAUUUGAA